AUGGAGUCACUCGCAUGGCGACUCGAGCCUCCACUGACUGUCGUUGCCUAUCAACCCGUGGUCCCACGAGCUCGUAUGGCUCUGCUGCUAAUCCUUUCGGUUGGCUGGGCCUUCAUAUGGCUGCUAUGGAGGGCAUACCAGGUUAUACAGACUCCGAACGAGAUUCUCGUUGACAAGCUCGGUCUCGAUAUCCCACCUGCACCAGAGCUCAUCCUUGAAGAAAUACAGUCUCGGGAAGUACACAUUGCUUGGAAACAACCAGAGCUUCCAAACUCGAUUCACAAGCACAUUGUACAAGUCAAUGGCAAGAAGGGUUUGAUUCACUACGCCUUCAUCGCUAUGGGUGCUGAUUUGCUUCCCGCAGUUGGAGAGACCAAGCGGCCCGAGAUUGCUAUUGCUAUACUCGAUCUAGUGCCUGCGACUCUAUACGACAUACGUAUUUUCACAGUGAGCGCAGCUGGUUUUCAAACACCAAGUCAGCCGCUGUACGUCCGGACUUUACCUUGCCCAAAGAACGAGGUCGAAAAUGUGCCCGGAGACAUUUUGCCCACCAUUCGAGCCUUCUCUACCAAGGUCACGGCGGUGGUACCACCACUCUCAGCUCCAGGCAUGUCUCGAGAAAUUAGUGGUGGUCAGCUAACUGGACGUCGUCCAACAGCCGGCCGGAAACAAUCUACGACAGGUCUUGGAACAGAACAGAGUUGUGCCACUAACGCAGAAGAAUCGUCUCGCUCGCUAUCAGAAGAUGAAUGUGAAACUACGUUUGCUCAACUGCAGGAACGCUUUCAGAAGGUGCAGCAGGACAAUGAAGCAGCAGAAGCUCAGAUACUUCAGGAGGAGAAAGAGUUCGAGGCUGCCAUGAAGCAGCUCGAGAGCCGUCGCGAUGAGCUCAAGCAAAGCCUGAAAGAACGAGACGAAGUGAGUAGUGACCUAAAGAAGCAAGUACACAAACUGGAAAGUGCAAACCGAACGGCGCAGAGUGAACGGUCCAAAAAGGAGAAACUGUUGCACCAGAGAGAAAACCAACGGAAGAAACGGCGGGAUGAGGCCGCCAAGUGGGAGGUUCAAAUUGCAACAAUGACAGACGAAAUUAAUGGCAUUGAAACACAGAAAGCUGCCCUGGAAAGAAGAACGGCAAGCUCGGUAGCAGAGCUCCAGCAAAAUGUCGAAGAUGAGCGAAAAGAAAUCAGGAGUAUUGAAGAAGACAACAACGAGAGAAUAGCUCAGAUAAAAGCUUUGGAAGAGGAAAGGAAGCGACUCAACCAAGACGAAGAAACAGAUGAAUCCAGGGAAGGAGACAGAUUGGAAAGGGAAAAAGACCGACAGUGGCAGGAGACUCUCUAUAAGUUAAAUACCACCUACGCAACUCUUGCAAAUACUGUUGCUCAUGCCAAGAUCGAGUUGGAACUCGUGAGAGAAAGGCUUGCAUUUUUGCAACGUGCUCGGCACGCCAGCACGAACGCGACCUUUUCUUCAGUACCUCCACUAGACCUGGAUGUUGUGCGUCAGGGUGGCAAGCAGCGACGAGCGCGGCAAAGAAGUUCUCUCGUGAGCAACAUUUCGCCGCCAAUAGGCACCUUCCCUAACCUUGACGCAUUCGCGUCACCUGUGCCCUACAAUAAGACCUCAAACGUAUCUCCAACUUUCUCUCCUGGGACGACUUUUUUCAGCAGCACAAAUGGGAUGACUCUGAUGGGCCCGCCGGACGCUAUCGAACCGACCUCGAAUGAUGUUGAGGCACUGACCGGAGGCGCACCUAUGAGUCCGAGGGCCGACUCCUUAAUUCCUGCAAAUCUUCUUGGAGAUGAAUCUGCAGAUGAGCUACCUUCGGAAGAUGUCAAUGUGCCAACUCGGUCAUCGAGCGCUGAAGGAGCUAGCCUUCGUGUCAAUAGCAGUGGACAGUACACGCUCGCGAACGAGAGCCAGACCCAAGAAAAGGCGUCGCCGAAAUCUUCUUCAAGCCGCUCUGCCAGCAUUUUUACCAGUCCGCGUGAAAGCCUCAAUAAUCUUGCUGAUGUUGAUCGCAGAUCGCUACAUUCCGGACAAGUCUCGGUUCAUAACACAGGAACCUCCGUAGGAGGUCUAAGCGGUUCACGAAACUUCGUGUCUGGAAUUUUCGGUUUCAAUCGCCAGCGGGGAAAGACAAUUGCUGAUGAACCGCCGAUGCUUGGUGCAUUGAAGAUGGGCGAGAGUCAAUCAUUCCCUCGAAAUUUCGGGGACGGCCUCGAUCCGUUGGCGCGGAGAAGACGGCUCAGUUAUGGGGGUAAUUGGGCUGCUCCGGUGACCAAUUUAUUCCCGCGAAAUGGCCCAGGAAGCGAUGACAAGGAGAGCGGUCCAGCAAGGUUGUCAUCAAGCCGAAGGGGAUUCCCCAACCUUUUUUCAUCUACCAAGCUCAACCCACCCACCUUACCAGGGGUUGGUAAGCCAUCUGCGUCGUCUAGUGGCUAUGACCAAUUUGGUCCACGUAACGACUCUACCGAGUUUAGCACAAGCGUGAACGUGCGAGGUGAUGCUUCAUCUUCGCGGCCAUCUUCAGUAUACUCUUUCGAACGGCUACCGCGACCUUCGACGGAUAGUCAGCCAUUUGGCUGGGGUGCACUCGAGAGAUCCAAUCUUCGUGGUAGCCCUCUAGGACCGGAUUGGUUAACAUCUCACACGUGGUCGCGAACACAUUCGCGUCGUCCAUCCUUCUCGUACGGAUCUACGGGCAAUCUUUCAAUGCAGUCACCACGAGAGGAGGACGUUUAUGAGGAACCUAAAGGCCCGAGUAGACCUCUGCAGGACCCCAUUGGAACGCGGCCCAAGUCUUCCCAGCGGCCCGUUACGCCAAAGCUAAAUCCAGCAGCUCCAUCCUUCACGACGUUGUUUGCAAGGAACAAGGACAAGUCCAAGGAGAAAGCCAAGUCUAAAGACAUCGAAGCUCUGAAGCAAGGUGACCACGAUCUACAACACGAGGAUGCCUCUCCGCCAGAGUCGCGGAAGUCGAAGGACUCGAGGUCCAUCGUAACGGCUGGCUCCAUUGCGGAUUCUCGUGAAUCACUUGAGCGAACGACAUCAGGCACACCUUCAGAUACUACACCUUCAAAAGAGACGCUCAUCCAGAAGAUUACUCGCAAAUCAAGCUCCAAUAAGUUCAACUCGUGGAAAGAGAAGGGUGGGCUAUUCUCACGUAAAGGUGAGCCAUCAACGCCAGGUGAGAUAGACGAAGAUGUUUCUAGUGAUGCUCAGCUUGGGCGAAGUUUGGAAAGUACCUCUACCAACCCGUCUGGUGAGAAGGAAAAGGAGAAGGGCAGUCGGUCUAGCCUGAGCUGGAACUUCAUGAGAAAAUCGAAAAAGGGGGAGAAGUCUGACUUGGCGGCCAGUGAAGUUAGCGAACUGAGUGAGAGGGCUAGUGAGACUGGAGAUGAGGAUGUUCAUGAGUGUCAGUCUGCGAUUGGGUAG